AGUUUCUCUCAUCCGCAAUCACCCAUUAUAUUUGUUUAUCCUCUCGAUCUCCGUAGAGACCAUGACCGGAGAUGUCAACGUUUCGUAAUUGUGAAACCUCGCAUGCAGAAGGCAAAAUAAGCGUCUUAUGGGACUUGACGGAUUUCCCAGUCCCUGAGGGUCGCAGUAUUCGUGAGAUUAUUGGUUCUGUUCUUGUGAAAGAGGGUUAUACUGGUGAGGUGUCAAUCAAGGCUUAUGGUGAGACGACGAAUCCGUACCCGCCUGAAGACGGAUUCACAUUCGUACAGAACAGUGAUAAAUAUUGGAGGCUUACUAGGAUAUUAGUAGACAUUGGUUUAUGGGCAUUGGACAGCCCUGCAUGCUCCCCAUAUUGGACCAGCAACUUUGAUGGUAGUCGCAAAAAACAUUGAAGAAGAAACGCAGUUCGUCCAUCUUGUCCAAAAUUUGAAGGCUUCAUGUUACAAUACCAUCUUUGUAGUGCCUGACGGUUAUCGCCCAGAAGAACUACCAAUGCCUAAUGUAAACUUAGCUUGGUAUUGGAAAAGUCUACUAGAGGGAGGAGAGCCUAUCCCCUAUUGGGAUUUACAAGUCAUGUUAUCUCGAAUGAAACAAGAUGAUUCCGACGUAUUUCGAUUUGAAACUUCUGCUGACGAAGAUAUUUGUAGUUGUGCUAUGUUGUGCCAAGAAGACAAGUAGCUGAUGAUGCAUGGCUCAAUCGAUAAUAAUGUUUUAUCACAAUUGUACUUUUGAUUUCAAAAGACUUUGGCUUUGUGUAUGAAAGUUGACGCUAUCUUUGUCCUCUUAAACUCUGUCUUGUCUUCAAGUGAUUUGCACGGUUUUAAGUUACUAAGUAUUAUUGCAUCUUUGAGCU